AUGGAAAACGUCGUUGAUAACACUUUCAUUGAGCCGUUUUUUGUCGGAAACUCGGUAAACAGACGAUGCUGCCGUUUUCCCUAUCAACUAAUCUAUUCAGGACAAAAUCAGCGCGUUUUACUACGUGGCACCGCCUCUUGUCAAAUGGUGCUCCAGCUACAGCUCCCGUAGCACUUCUCAGAUGAUUGUGCACAAAAACCGCCGCAUCGCCAUCACUUUCGAUUGUAACAAGAAUGCAGGUACAUUUUUCACCCAUUUUCAACAAUUUAUGCCGAUUUUCAGUACUUCCGUCGCCGCGAACUAUCGUCAAAACGAUGAUUCUCGCCGUGUUCACCGCCGCAUUUGUCUUCGUUGUCAAAUCGAUCCCCUUUGAAUUGUAUCCUCAAAAAAAAAGCAAAAUUUGAUAUAAAACCAUCCAUUUUCAGUAUGAUUCUGCAAGCCGCCGGAAAAUGCGACGAUCUACAAGACGACGAAAGCGACAACACGAGCGAGUCGUCGAGCGACAGCCUCCUCAUCGACGACGCCAAUGACAUCGUCGAGCAGACCUCGUUUAUGGAACGGCUCGAGAAGUGGGACGGCUCCAAGAUGGACUCAAUUUACGACUAA